AUGGCCAGCCCAGGAGGUGCAGGACCGGGGGGGUCAGGGUCUCUGAUUAACAAGAUGGCGGUGGAUCUCGGCAGUCUCAACCGAGAGAAGACGAGCACCUGGUCCCAACCACGCGAGAGUGCUGCGGAAAUCGCAGUACCGCCCGAACAUUUUCACCUCAGCCCGCCUCCUCCUCGAGACAGGGGCGCCGAAACCCACCACCAGGCUGAGGCAGUCGGGCGGGCCUUGGAAGCCUUCCAGAAUAUUCACAUGUCUCCUGCCCUGGCCCAUCACCACCAUGCGCAAUCAGACCCGGGCCGCGUAGCUCUGCCGGUGCCAAUGCCAAUGCCAAUGCCAAACCCAGAUCAUCAUGACCAGGUGCAGAGGCCCUCGCCGAGGGACCUCCGUCUCGACUCGGCGCUGCCACCGCUGCCACCCCAACAACAACAACACCAACAACAACACCAACAACAACACCACCACUACCACCAACAACAUCAGCAACAACAACAACAGCCUCGGCUGCAGCAGCGGCAGCGGCAGGGUUCACUACCCGCCUCGGUCUCGCAGUACUCGCCUCUGCAUCAUCAUCACCACCACCACCACAACCAACACCAGACCCAGGCUCACCUUGAACAUCGGCCGAGUCACUCCCAACCACAAUCUCUGCCCGCACUGUCCCCGCGACAAGACCAAUUCACCUUGUCGCCGCCCAACCCACUCCCGCACCCGCUCCCGCACCCACACCAGCACUGGGUCCCAGCUUCACCACGGCAGCGCCGGGUCCUCCCUCACACGGACCCUCAUUUUAUUUCCCAAGACCCAAAAUACACGACGACGCCAGCACAACCGCAGCCCGACCUGUCCUCCUCGUCAUUCUCUCCUGCGAGGGCUCAACUUCCACUCUUACAAACACGAUACCCUCCCGACACCCACGCGCCUUUCACCCCCCUCCGAGGUCAUCCCAUCUACGGCCGCCUCGAUCAGGACGCCGCCUCCCCUAGUCGAGACACCCUCGAGGCUCCGUGCAUCCCAAGCCACCGGCCGGGACACCUACCCGCCAACGCCGUCACCACCCGCCGCCAACGGUCGCUUCCAAACACCCCCAUCACCCCCAUCUCUCCAGGCUACCCGGGUCCUCGAUGGGAUUCCCUGCCCGUGCGGCGUCAGAAUAGCCUGGGGCAACACACCAGUGCAGGUCUUGCAACGACUACAGACGCGCCUGUAGCCUCCGACUCGGGCAUCCCUCCUUCUCCCAUCCGCUCUCCCCAGUCGGCCACCUUUCAGGCGUGCCUGUACUCACAUCCUCAGAUCCCUGAGGACCAAGCCUUGGACUUGAACUUGGACCGGACCGAGACAAAUCGACAUGAGCACGCAGCCGCGGUGACGCCCGGCUCGCCUACAAAUAUGUACAGGCCGGAGAGUAGGCAGUCUGGAGAGACUGCCUACAGCGUUGCAACUGACACUUACAACUUCUCACGGCCGAGAAAGCCUAGUCUGGGGAGCCCGAACCGUCCCGACUUCCCAACACCCCUGUACCUCCGACCUGGAACAGCCAAUACCUCAAACUCGGACUCCGCCCGUCUCGAGUCAAGGCCCAUGGCAUCCAACUACAUACCCUACAGUGCAGGGCCAAGGCCUGUCCGACAACCCUCGGUCGCUUCCAACAUGUCUGCCAGCACCUUUGCAUCCGCCGCGCCAAGUCUUUACAAUAAACCUUCCUAUGAUCGCUUUGGUGCUGCACCUCGCAACGUGUCUCAGAAUUCCGCCACAGGUAAUUACAUGGGCCUCCCCCACGCGGUCCGGCCGCGGUCUCCACCACGAAACGGCUCAGGCCCCUGGGCCCAGCACCCGUACCUAGACGAGGAUGAGAUGCGUUCCAGCAUGCGGAGUCAGCUUACGACGUCCACAGCCCAGGAUACCCUGUUCACGGAACCCGAGAGGUCUAGUGUCCAGACCAAAACAAGUUCCAUCUUCAGCAUGGGCAACAGAAAUAGGAACUCUCCCUUCUUCGGUCCCCAUUCACCAAGCAUCGAAAUCCGGGAAAGCCUCAGCGUGGAUGAUGUGAUGGGAUUGUACGAGCAGGGCUUCUACGACAGCGAUAUGGACGUCUUUCAGCGAAAGCCGAGCGUCGGCACCGAUGUACCAGUCGUGCGGCUCACCCCGGGAGGAAUGGACGACCAGGACGAAUCCAGGCCGGGAUCGGCAGUCUCACAUAACAGCGAGGCCGCGAGCCGCCUGAUCGAGGCCAUGAACCGCCCUGGCUCCAUCGCCAUCCCAGGCCGAAGCUUCCCCCUGAACGCCGAUGGGGCUGUUCGUCUCCGGGACACCAACGCCUUCUUCCGCAAGAGUCUCGCCUCGUCCUUGCCCAAAGACAUGAGGCUGAGUUAUAUCAACGCGGAGCAGAAGGAAACCGGCAUUGUGGACUUUGAGAAGCAAGACGAUGACGCGGAAACUUUCGAGGCGGAUAGCGUGCGGCAUAGCAGACAUGAUUCGGGCAAAGAGGUUGGGCCCCACGACGAGUACCUUUCGAUUGAUGCGCUCGAGAAGGCGGACUCGACUCUUCCGACUACAGACAGCACGGCGACACUUGCUGACAAGGAGCUUCUUUCCCCUAUGUCGCCGACUUUUCCCGAGCCAAAGAUCGACGUCAUGCCUGCUCCACCACAGCCCGUGCAGGGAGCCAUGCAGCCAGAGGACCUGGACCCAGAUGCUAAUGAUCGCUACGGAUUCCGGAAAUCAAACCAGUAUGUCACGCGCGAGCAGUACGACGACUGGAACGGGCAAUAUUCCGAGUACCUCGCGAGGAGGCGGAGGAAGUGGGAGGCUUUCCUCAAUGAGAAUGGACUGAUGACCGAUCACCCCAAUCGUUUCCCUCAGCACUCCGCCAAAGCGAAGAGGUUUAUCAGGAAGGGCAUACCGCCAGAAUGGAGGGGUGCAGCAUGGUUCUACUACGCUGGCGGCCCCAAGAUUCUGGCAAACAACCGAGGCGUUUACGACAACUUGGUCAAGCAGGCGCAGAACGGGGAGUUGAAGGAAGUAUGUCGGGACGACAUCGAGCGGGAUCUGUAUCGGACAUUCCCGGACAAUGUGCGUUUUAGGCGUUCGGCACCGUCGACGGGUCUUGCACCGGGCCAGGCGUCGCAGUCACCAUCGCCAGGUAGCACUCCAGUACACAGCCGCAACAACUCCACGCAGUCUGCGAAUCCCACACCCAAGGCCCCAGGCUCUGAGCCUGCGAUCAUCGAGAGCCUUCGCCGCGUCCUAUCAGCCUUCGCCAUCUUCAAUCCUAGCAUCGGAUACUGCCAGUCCUUGAACUUCCUCGGUGGUAUGCUCCUACUGUUUGUGGAUUCGGAGGAACAAGCUUUCUGGUUGCUCAACAUCAUCACGAGGGUAUACCUCCCAGGGACGCACGAAAUGAACCUAGAGGGCUCCAAAGUCGACUUGAGCGUGCUUAUGAAUGAGCUGGAAACUGUGCUGCCCAAUGUUUGGUCCAAGAUCUCCGACGACGGCUCUGGAACCACCAAGAAGAAGUCUAGGCGCGCUCGAUAUCACAAGAGCAAUGCAUCAGUCAGCGGCGACAACCUCCCACCUGUCACUCUCGCGUUGACGGCAUGGUUCAUGUCGUGCUACAUAGGUACCCUUCCAAUCGAGACGACACUGCGCGUGUGGGAUGUAUUUUUCUACGAGGGAUCCAAGACCCUGUUCCGGGUUGCGCUCGCCAUUUUCAAGGCUGGAGAGAAUGAGAUCAAGUCGAUCAGUGACCCUAUGGAGGUCUUUGCCGUGGUCCAGAGUCUCCCGCGCAAGAUGAUUGACGCAAACCACUUCAUGGACAUCUGCUUCAAGAAGCGGUCGGGUUUGAACCACCUCACCAGCGAUGCCAUCGACCAGCAGCGGACGGAACGAAAGGAGAAAUUACAGAUCCAGCGCAAGGAGGCCGUGGCUGCUGCGGAGGCGGCCCCCGGAAUCGCGACCGCCGCAACGAUAGCGGUGUCCAGGACUCGCAACGCAGACAUGCUGAGCGUCACAUCGGGCGACAGCAGCAGUGUGCGGAGGAAACACACCCUCUUCGGACGCAGGCACAAGGAGCGCAGUCUCGAGGUCUAG